AUGUCAAUAGUCGACAACCCACCCAACCUUGUUCGAGCUGGAAAGAGACAUGGGCCUGGCCUCAUCAUACUUGCUUUGAUACCCAUCACCGCAUUUGCUUUGGGGACAUGGCAGGUUCAACGACUCGAUUGGAAAUCCAAAUUGAUAGCCAAAUUCGAAGACCGACUCGUCCGAGAUCCUCUUCCUCUACCACCACAUGUAGAUCCUACAGCUAUACACGAAUUUGAUUACAGGAGAAUAUAUGCGACUGGGCAUUUCAGACAUGAUCAGGAGAUGUUGAUUGGGCCUCGAAUGCACGACGGUCACGAUGGUUAUUUAGUUAUCACGCCGUUGGAGAGAGAAGGAAAUGGGACCACGGUGUUAGUGAAUCGUGGGUGGAUAUCAAAAAAGUUUAAGAAGCAGGACAAACGACCAGACGGCCUGCCGAGAGAGGAAAUAACAGUUGAGGGGUUGCUAAGAGAGCCAUGGAAGAAGAACAUGUUCACACCGGAUAACAGUCCACAGACUCAGGAAUUCUACUUUCCAGAUGUUGCACAAAUGGCUAAGUUGACUGGGAGUCAAGCCGUAUGGGUAGAAGAAACUAUGGAUCCCGACCUAUUGAAGGCUUGGGAUCGAGAGGCUCGUGGUAUUCCUAUUGGAAGACCAGCAGAGGUCAAUCUUCGAAACAACCAUACACAAUAUAUAUUCACAUGGUAUGCCCUCGCAGCCGCGACUUCCGUAAUGCUCUGGAUGGUCGUCAAAAAGCCUCCAGCAGAUAUAGCUCGCCGUGUGCGCCAAAAUAAAGAAUGGUCAUAA